AUGACCUGGACGUGGAUGCCCUUGCCACCUUCUGUAGUUACUACAACCCUCAGCAACAGCACCACCACCAACGGACGCUCCGCUACUAGCAAUGUCAUAACCACCAACGGACGCUCCGCUACUAGCAAUGUCACAACCACCAACGGACGCUCCGCUACUAGCAAUGUCACAACCACCAACGGACGCUCCGCUACUAGCAAUGUCACAACCACCAACGGACGCUCCGCUACUAGCAAUGUCACAACCACCAACGGACGCUCCGCUACUAGCAAUGUCACAACCACCAACGGACGCUCCGCUACUAGCAAUGUCACAACCACCAACGGACGCUCCGCUACUAGCAAUGUCACAACCACCAACGGACGCUCCGCUACUAGCAAUGUCACAACCACCAACGGACGCUCCGCUACUAGCAAUGUCACAACCACCAACGGACGCUCCACCACUAGCAACGUCACAACCAUCAACGGACGCUCCACCACUAGCAACGUCACAACCACCAACGGACGCUCCACCACUAGCAAUGUCACAACCACCAACGGACGCUCCACCACUAGCAAUGUCACAACCACCAACGGACGCUCCACCACUAUCAAAAUCACCACCAGCAACAAACGCUCCACCACUAGCAACACCACAAACGGAAGAUCUAUCACCAGCAAUAAAACCACCACUAUUUGA